GCCUCUGCGCAGACUCAAGAGCUUUUCCGGAAGAGAGGUCAGAGUGGGGCGCAGUGCGUGAGGUCCCACAGCAUCAUAGCGCCGGUGGGUGCUUGGCUUUCCCAGGCAGCGCAGGUGCCUGCAUGGCCGAAGGCAGAAUUCGUUGUGGGGUUUGUGUGAAGUGCUGAUGGCAGGCGUAACAGAAAAGAAGUUAUCAUGGACCAACUUUCCAGGAUUUCCUUGACACUGCACUGGAAACUGGAAAGAAGGCAGUGAGGACUGGCCUGUAGGCCGGCACCUUGAACUUUUGCACCCAAUCAGACGAUUUGCCUUCAAGCUCCAAUCCUAAGUUUAGAGCAACCUCUAUGUUGGACUAGGUUCUCCAGCCAAGCAGAAAGCUUCUAAUGCAGCUUUAACUAAAGAUGACUUCCUUGUUCACUCAAGAAAUUCGCCUGUCUAAAAGACAUGAAGAAAUAGUAUCAAAAAGAGUAAAGUCACUUCAACAAAUGAAGAGUAAAUUUAGAGAUAAAAACAAGGAAAAGGCAUCUCAGAUUCAAGCAGCUGAAGCUGCAUUUGAAAGGAACCUCAGUCUUUUAAAGGACAUAGAAAGAGCAGAAAAGUUUCUACAGGCCCGGAUUCAGCCAUUUCCACCACCUGAGGUGGUUUCUCUUGAGACUCUUUACUGGGCAUCAGUAGAAGAAUAUAUUCCCAAAUGGGAGCAGUUUCUUUUAGGAAGAGCACCAUAUCCUAUUGGUGUUGAAAAUCAAAAUGAAGCAGAAAAGGAAGCAGAAGUUAAGGCACAGCAAUAACUUCUUCACAUAUUGUUUUUUAAAAACCUGCUUAGUAAAGCUGGAUAUUAAAGAAUAUGCAAGUUACUGCAGGAAUUUUAGGAAUCUAAUAUAUUCAUGUUGUUCCAUUAACUCCUCAAUGACAAAGACAUGAGAAUCUACUGGCAAGUCUUGGGUUGCCCCUUAGAGACCUACGACUAUUUCAAGGUCAUGCAUUCGCUUUCUAUCAAUCUCCUGCAAGUAUUAAAAACUAACAUUGAAAGGUGGACUGUUUAUUCAAUAAAUUGAUAAAUAUUGUGUGUUGUUUUAAAAAAAUCACUUAGUCAUUUUCAUCUAAACAGUGAAUACCAACUAUUCUGAUUUUUUACUUUGUAGAAUCUUUGCUUUUCAGUUAUUUUAGUAUAAAGGCAAGGCACAGGAUUGAAGUGAUUGUUUGCUCCCUAUUUUAGUUUCUUUUAACAAAUGAAAAGACAGUCACACUUAACUGCUUUAGUAUAAUAAUAUUCUAUCAGAAAAUAGAUUCAGAGAAUUUUGUUCCUUAGAAAUAACUGGUUGUAGGAAACAACCAAAAUAAAGCAUUUGUUAAGUAGCCAGUUUCAGCAAGGCCCUGUCUGGUUCUGAAAAAGGAUACCUAUUAAAGCUGGAGAUGGUUAUUGGAUUUUGACUUGCCAACCCUGUGAGUGCAAAUAACUCCUCUCUUAUCUUUUUAUCUUUAAACUUGCCCUUCCCUCUCCCUUCUGUUUUCAUUAUUUCUGAAGCAACUGUCAAUCAGAAAGCUUUGGGUCAGAACCCUACACAGCCCUGAGAUUCUUCAGUGCACUGCUGCCUGAACAUUCAUAAAAAUUAUACUUUUUGAACUAUGGAGGCAGCUCCUACUGAUAAGAGAGUCUAUGCUACAUUACAAUGAAAGAUUUUAUAUUCCAAACUGGUUUGUGUUUUUUAAAGAAGGUAAUAGGAGAAUUAAAACAAAAUUGAAGUGUUCAUUGUGCUAGGUUUCUUUAAACUAUCAUUUUGGAAAUACCCUGUUGAGUGGGUUCUGGUGUGGAUAACAAUAAUGUUUUCAUAAUAUGCGCUGGCAGACUAGCAUACUUCUCUACAGUUUUAACAGUUGUAAUUAAGGAAUAAACAGCACAGAGUGUCAGUCCGAUGACAAUUUCAUCUAUGGUGUCACAAUACAAAAUGUCACAAAAUAUUAGAACUGUUACAUAACUAUAAAAAGUAUCAGCUUAAAGGCUGAGAGCCUUUUAAAAAGACAGAGAAAAGAAGAAAAAAGAAAACUGGCAUAGAGACCAGAAAAAAUUUAUACCUUCUCAAGAAUGUUCUGUCAUGAAAAUAAAUUGAUAAUUUUUUCCUGUUACAUUACAGUUUGGUUUCUAGCCAUCCAGUUGAUUUAGCAGGAGAAUGCAGUGCCUUUUAGCAGCUUUGAAUUGGUAAACAGAUUUAGAUGUAGUAGAAAGGAACAUGAGGAAGUUUUUUUUUUAACAUCCAAUCUUUCCCAGCAUAUGCACAUAAGAAGGUGAAUGAAGCAAUGUGAAACUUAUUUCUCUUUAGUCAAGUGAAAAAAAGGCUAAACAUUUGUUGAGAUGGUAAAAUAUUGUGUCAAGCAAGUAGGCACAUUCCAAAAUUAAACAGUGGUUGAUAUGUUAACGUCCUCAAAUAUUUGAGCAUACACUUCCUUUGAGUUCUGUAAAUUAAAUCACCAGUAGGUUAGAUUAAAAUACAAAAUGAAAAGCAAUUUCACCAUCUCAAAAAAGGUUCAGGAUUUUUCUCCCCUAACCUAACUUGCUAAAUAGUUUUUAAAGAAAAUGGAGACAACUGUACUUGAACAACAAUAAAAUGACCUUAAAAAACAAAUAAAAAACAAAAUAAAAUAAAGAAUGCUUAAGUUUAACAUACUCUGGGUUAGGAUUUAGGGCAAAAGGGAAGGUUUUUCUAGGUUUUAGCUGUAUCAUUUCUCCCAUUUCUAGUUAAUACCUUAAAAACUCCCAGAGAUGACUUUAUUCCUGGCCCCCACAGAGCUUUCUCCACCCCUCCCUCCAUAUAGACUGGAACAGAUUGCACCACAUGGUGUGUGUGUGUGUGUAAUUUCUGUAGGGAUAUGGAUACCCCACCAAAGGUCUUUAUAUUCCUCAUGGCAUAUUAGCUUUACAAGGGAAUUUCCAAAUACUGUUUUCUUAAGGAGAGGCAAAAUACCAUGUCUAAUAUAUAUUUUAGUACACAAUUAGUAGUAAUAAAACAAGAAAAAAGAAAUACCAUCUACUCAUACCUUCCCACCUCUAAUUUAGUCUUCUUUCUAUAUGCUACAUUGUACCUACUAUUUAUCCUUCAUGAAAACUAUGAAUUCAUAAUUUUUUAGGGUAAUUGGGUUUUCAAAAUAAGGGCCAUUUCAAGAAUGCGUUUCUACAGCCAAAUCUAUAAAUAGUCAAAGUUCAUUUUCUACUGAAACACUUCUAGUAUAUGGGAUUAUUAAGCUAUGAAAUACUUAAUAGCAUUUUUUUUCCGAACUUCAAAAAUUAAAUUUUGAAGUACUAAGGAAAAAGCCUAAUAUUCUGGAAACCAGACCUCUGGUCUUCCUUGUGUGCAAGGAGAAGUGUGAAGGAAAUACCAGGCAAACCAACAGUUAUUCUCUGCAUUGUGUACAAGGUGUUUUAACUGGCUACCUUCAGACUUAGAUAAAAAUACUAAUCUUUUACUUUCUUUACAAUUUUGUCUUCUCUGCCUCAUUUCCCUUUCUAUCAAACAAA